AUGUCCGAUGGGAAGUCUCGCUCGUCGUCAUACUCUCACUUCUUUGCCGGUCUGAGCUCAGGCGUUCUUUCUGCCGUUCUCCUUCAGCCCGCAGACCUUCUCAAGACCAGAGUGCAGCAGGCGCGCUCCAACACACUCUUUGGAACAAUACGAUCAAUUGCCAGCGGGCCGAACCCCAUACGCCAAUUUUGGAGAGGAACGCUGCCUAGCACGCUCCGAACUGGAUUCGGAUCUGCCAUCUACUUCUCCGGCCUGAACGCGCUGAGACGGAGAGCAGCUCUCCUUGCUGCUGGCAAGAAUGAUGCGACCGUCAAAGGGCAAGAGCACUCGAGCUCCCUACCGAAGCUGAGCAAUACCGCGAACCUGGCGACAGGGGCUUUCGCGAGGACGUGGGCCGGCUUCGUCAUGAUGCCUAUCACAGUUCUCAAAGUGCGGUAUGAGAGCAAUCUAUACUCGUAUACCUCGCUCUUCACGGCCUCCAGAGACAUCUUCCGCACCGAAGGUGUCAAAGGAUUCUUUGCGGGAUUCGGCGCAACCGCAGUCCGCGAUGCGCCUUAUGCUGGCCUCUACGUGCUCUUUUAUGAGCAAUCCAAGCGCAAGCUGUCCAGUCUUGCGACUAAAAUCGAAGAGAAGUCUGGCGCAAGCACGAAGCUCUCCACCAGCACAUCGGUGGGCAUCAACUUCGUCUCGGGUGUCUCAGCAGCAGGUCUAGGCACCAUGGUUACGAACCCGUUCGAUGCGAUCAAGACGCGUAUACAGCUCAUGCCCGAUCGCUAUGCGAACACCAUACAAGCGGCAAAGAAGAUGUUUGUUGAAGACGGCGUGCGAAGCUUCUUUGACGGGUUGGGUAUACGCAUCGCAAGGAAAGCAAUGAGCAGUGCGCUUGCGUGGACCGUAUAUGAGGAACUUAUACGUCGAGCGGAGAGAGAGUGGAAAGAAGUCGUCGAGGAAAGGCUGUAG